AUGACCGCGUUAUUUACAGUUCCUAUCACCUCAACUGGUGGCUCCAUCGUCUGCACCAAUCCCUCGCAAGACCAACAGAAUGUCUACCUAUUGACGUUUACCUCGCCAAAGGAUAGUCGGCUGACUCCCACAUUCAUCGAUGCUCUCAUACUGGCGCUUGAUAUCAUCGAGCAUCGCUAUCCAAAAGGUGUAGUGGUUACCACAAGUGGUAUCGCCAAGUUCUAUAGCAAUGGACUUGACCUGGAGCUUGCCAUGAGCACAGAGGGGUUCGUCGAGAAAUGGUUAUGGCGUCUGUUCCGACGAUUCUUAACAUACCCCAUGCCAACGGUGUGUCUACUGAACGGACACGCAUUUGCAGGUGGCUUCAUGCUGGCCAUGUACCACGAUUAUCGUAUUCAAAAUCCUGACAAGGGAUACUUAUGUGUUAACGAGUUGGAGUUUGGCGUGCCGCUUCAGACACCUAUGAUGUCGAUCUUCCGCGAAAAGCUGACCCCGACUACGUUCCGGAACGUGGUGCUGGAAGCCCGUCGCUUUGGCGGAAAAGACUCCCUUCAGGCUGGCAUUGUGGAUGGGUUGGGCUCAUUGAAUGAUGUUCUCGAGCUUAUUCGCGAUCGCAAACUUCUUAAUAAGGCUGCGACUGGUAUCUAUGGUACCAUGAAGGAGGAAAUGUACUCGCGGGUCUUGAAUGGUCUUGAUGAUCAUGUUGGGAAUCUGGCAUGGCGGGACAAGGUGGAGCAGAAGAAGGAUGAUGUGCAGAAGAGAGGUCUGCAUGAUGUUCAAGAAUGGGAGAAGAAGAGCAAGGCGAAGCUUUGA